AAGGGACUGCAGCAUAACUGCAGCUGUUUCAGCUGUUGAGAUGUUCUGUCUUUUUUUAUUCCUUUGCUACCCAAACUCUUAACUGGCGAUCCAUACGCAGAUAGGGCUUUGUAGCAAUAAUUGUAUUUAGACAGGUGACUCAUUUCAGUAACCACGAGCUAUUCUGGAACAUAUGCUGAGGUGUCGGUGUGACUGGUGAUACAGAGCUCUCCCUUGGUGAUGUCACGUCACAGAGCAGCUCUGUCUAGGCCACUGCCCCACCUCUGUGCCCCCUGCUUGGAAAUGAGCACAGUACUGCCAUCCUAGCUCCCACACAGUGCGUUCAGAUCUUGGGAGACAACUUAGAGCUUCACAAGGAAAUAUGAUGUGUGAUCUGCUCAGGAACAGUCCAUAUAGAAAUCAGUCUGAAAAUCUGGAGAGAGAAUUUGGGGAAUGGUUGUGUUCUUUCAACAAUUACUGACUUGACUAAUAUACAGUUUUGAAGGUGUUGAAGCUCUGAAUACUUGCAGGCUCUCCAUACAUAGAAAUGUCUGGCUCAUACGAUGAUUCUGUUGGAGUAGAAGUUUCUAGUGAUAGCUUCUGGGAGGUUGGAAAUUACAAGCGGACAGUAAAGCGAAUCGAUGAUGGUCACAGACUUUGCAAUGAUCUCAUGAAUUGUAUUCAUGAACGUGCACGGAUAGAGAAGGUCUAUGCUCAGCAACUUACAGAAUGGGCAAAGAGAUGGAAACAGCUUGUGGAAAAAGGCCCACAGUAUGGAACAGUAGAAAGGGCUUGGUGUGCUUUUAUGUCAGAAGCUGAAAAAGUGAGUGAACUACAUCUAGAAGUAAAAGGUUCACUGAUGAAUGAAGACUUUGAAAAAAUCAAGAACUGGCAGAAGGAAGCCUUUCAUAAGCAAAUGAUGGGAGGAUUUAAGGAAACCAAAGAAGCAGAAGAUGGAUUUAGGAAAGCUCAGAAACCCUGGGCAAAAAAGCUGAAAGAGGUGGAAGCUGCAAAGAAAGCAUACCAUGCAGCCUGUAAAGAGGAAAAACUGGCUAUAUCUAGAGAGACAAAUAGCAAAGCUGAUCCAGCGUUAAAUCCUGAACAACUCAAGAAAUUACAAGACAAAGUGGAGAGAAGCAAACAAGAUGUACUAAAGACAAAAGAAAAGUAUGAAAAAUCACUGAAAGAAUUAGAUAAUGCCACUCCUCAGUACAUGGAAAACAUGGAGCAGGUAUUUGAACAGUGUCAGCAGUUUGAGGAAAAACGCUUACGUUUCUUUCGAGAAGUGUUACUGGAAGUUCAGAAACACCUUGACUUGUCUAAUGUUGCAAGUUACAAAAAUAUCUACCGUGAGCUGGAACAGAACAUAAAAACUGCAGAUGCUGUUGAAGACUUGCGGUGGUUCAGAGCUAAUCAAGGUCCAGGGAUGUCAAUGAAUUGGCCUCAGUUUGAGGAGUGGUCUGCAGAUCUGAAUCGCACUCUCAGCAGAAGAGAAAAGAAGAAAGCUUCUGAUGGAGUGACUCUGACCGGUAUUAAUCAGACAGGAGAUCAAGUUUCACAGCCUAACAAACAUAGCAGUCUUAGUGUCCAGAGUAACACAGUGCAGUCAGUACAAUCAAGUUACAAUCCCUUUGAAGAUGAAGAAGAUACUGGGAGUACUGUCAGUGAAAAGGAGGACAAUAAGAUCAAAAAUGUUAGCAGCUAUGAAAAAAACCAAAGCUACCCUACAGAUUGGUCUGAUGAAGAGUCCAACAACCCCUUUUCUUCCACUGAUGCAAAUGGAGACACCAAUCCAUUUGAUGAAGAUACUUCUCCUGCAAUGGAGGUGAGAGUGCGUGCACUCUAUGACUACGAGGGCCAAGAGCAAGAUGAACUCAGCUUUAAAGCAGGAGAUGAGUUAACUAAAAUGGAGAAUGAAGAUGAACAGGGAUGGUGCAAAGGACGUCUGGACAACGGACAAGUUGGUUUAUACCCAGCAAACUAUGUAGAACCAAUCCAGUGACAAAGGACAAAGUUAAUACAGAAGUGUUACAAAAGCUC